GCGCUACAUUGAAGAAACAUUGAAGCUGCUGCCUGGACCACACUCGGAUACGAAGAGAAGUGGAUUUGCAAGCAGUCCAUCACUUGACACUCUUCCAGGGUCUCUGCACAGUGUGGACAAAAUUGGUGACGGAAGGCGCUCUUUAGUCCUGGUUGUUUUCAUUGGAGGGGUAACAUUUGCAGAGAUAUCUGCACUUCGUUUUCUCAGUGCCCAGGAAGGGAUGGCAUAUGACUUGAUUGUAGGGACAACAAAAAUUGUCAACGGCGAUACCUUCACCGAAUCAUUCAUAGAGAAAUUGGGUUGA